UCAAAUGGUGGCGCUAGUUUAAUUGAUGGUAGUUUGUAAGCGUGUUGAUGUAUGAUGGCUACUAAUAAUUAUUUUGGUUUUACACACGGUGGAACUCAGUAUAGUGCUACUGCCACCGGGGCAGCUUACCAGGCAGGACAGCCAGGCUAUGCAGUAGCAGCGUCACCAGCGACCGCAGCGGCGGCCACGUACGGAACUCAAAGGGCUCCAGGCUACGAUACAGCCUACCAGGCGGCGGCUGCCACACAGGGAACUUAUGCUGCAGUGGGCACAGGAGCAACUCCAGCUUACGAGUACGGUUACGGGCAGACAGCGGCAGCUGGUUACACGGGGGGUUACGAGCAAGCGGCGGCUGCCAAGCCGGCCACUUACGCCACCACCUACGCGACACAGAGAGCAGCCAGCCAGCAAGCUCAGGCUGCAACCGCAGCUGCUAAGCCCGCGCAGUACGCCGCCACUUACCAGCCCAACGCCACAGCGUACCAGGCCACUUACGCUCAGCCGGCCACUCAGACGACCAUAGCAGCCCAACCUACUACUCAGGCGAAGCAGAAUAAAGCCAACACCACGUAUUCGGGGUACGACGCGGCCCUGUACUCGGCCGCCACUAUGUACGUUGCGCAGCAGCAACAGGCGGCCGGAGCGCAGGCGGGACAGGCUGCCGGAGUGGCGCAAAAGGCCGGAGGCGGCUGGCAGGGAUUCAAGAGGGGAGGCAUAGGGGCCAACAAGGGACAGCGCGCCAAGGCGCCGCCUAAGCCGCAACAGUUGCAUUAUUGCGAUGUCUGUAAAAUCAGCUGCGCUGGUCCCCAGACCUACCGCGAGCACUUGGAGGGCCAGAAGCACAAGAAACGCGAGGCGGCUACGAAGAUGGCCGCCUCGGUGGCCACCACCAACGCCAACCGUUCCGGCAACUCGCUACGGUGCCAGCUGUGCGACGUGACGUGCACCGGCAACGACGCGUACGCCGCGCACAUCAGAGGCGCCAAGCACCAGAAGGUGGUGCUGCUCCACACCAAGCUGGGCAAGCCAAUCCCGCCGCAGGAGCCUGAAGUGAUCGGCGGCGGCCGCAAGUCAGUGGCGUCCGCGCCCAAGAUCAACUUUGUUCAGUCGGGUGGCCUGGGGGUGAGCCCUGGCGGAGGACCCGGCAGUAACGGCGAGGCGGCCAUUAAAGAGGAGGACGUGGACGACGGCAUUCCAGAGCCGGACAUUCAGCCCGUGGGCCAGGAUUACAUUGAAGAGAUCAAGAGUGACGAUGGCAAGGUGAUUAGUUUCAAUUGCAAGCUGUGCGAGUGUCGUUUCAACGAUCCCAACGCCAAGGAGAUGCACAUGAAGGGGCGCAGGCAUCGGCUCCAGUACAAGAAGAAGGUGAAUCCGGACCUGGUGGUGGAUGUGAAACCGUCCCUGAGGCAGAAGAAACUGCAGGAGGAUAAGAUGCGUAGGGCUGCUAUGCGCGAAGACUACUGGAAUCGUCGUCACGUUUUCAACGUCGAGGAAGAAGAAUCUAUGUACUGGGACGACAGAAGACGUUACGAGGACUACAUGGACAUGAUGGCUCGCGGCGGAGGCGGUCCCUUCUCCAGAGGCGGCAGGCCCUUCCCCGGCGGUCCCCCCUUCUUCCCGGGAGGUCCCGGCGGUCCCAGACGCGCCGAGUCCAGCGACGACCGCCACGUCAUAGCCAAGCACAACGACAUCUACCCGAAAGAGGAGGAGUUGCAGGCGGUGCAGCGCAUCGUGUCGCACACGGAGCGCGCUCUCAAACAGGUGUCUGAUCAGUUGGCGGAGGCAAAGCCCGCGGAGGGAGAAGCGAACAAGGACAAGGCGAUGGAACAGCCUCAGAAGGAGGACGGGCGUGAUAACCAACUGUUCUCUUUCCAACAAGAACGGGACGCGACUCGUAUGCUAAGGGGCGUGAUGCGCGUGGGACACCUCGCCAAGGGACUGCUACUGAAAGGAGACAACACUGUGGAGCUGGUGGUCCUCUGCGCGGACAAGCCCACCCUGACGCUGCUGAAGAAGGUGGUGGAGUUGCUUCCCGCCGCCUUAAAACAGGUGGCGCCGGAAUCCGCCUACCAAGUCCUCAUCAAUCCGGCCGAGGCCGGUUUGACGGUGCAGGCGGAAGGGCUGACCGUACUGGUGCAACUGACCAGUCCGGUGAUGAGGGAAAGCGGGGAAGCUGCAAGCGGCGGGUCGGACCGGGACGUUCUCUCGAGAGGAAAGUGUCUCCAGGCGCUGGCGGCGCUCAGACACACCAAAUGGUUCCAGGCUAGAGCGUUAGGACUUCAUUCGUGCGUCAUGAUCAUCAGGAUUCUACGUGAUCUUUGCCAGCGAGUACCCACUUGGUCUCCUCUGAGUUCUUGGGCCAUGGAAUUGUUGGCGGAAAAAGUGAUUUCGUCCACGCCAGGACAGGUGCAAUUGUCUUCGGGCGACGCUCUGAGGCGCGUCAUGGAAGCCGUGGCCGGCGGCCUGUUGCUGCCCGGAGGACCGGGUCUCUCCGACCCCUGCGAGAAGGACGGGCCGGACGCCGCUGGCGCCCUCAGCGCGCAACAGAGAGAGGAUCUCACUUGUUCUGCUCAGUACGCGCUGAGGCUGAUCGCGUUUAGACAAAUAUAUAAGGUUUUGGGCAUGGCCCUUCCGGCGCCGCAAAAGGCCUUCAGGAAAGACAGAUCUGCGCGGAAGCGUCGUCGCUCCGGAGGCGAACAAGAAGGUUCGGAAAGUGACACGGGGAAGAUAAUUAAAACCGAGGGCGCUGCGACCGCCACCGAGGGAACCCCCGUCAAGUGAUUGGGAGGCCACGCAUCUAGUUCUAUGAAAAUAUUUCGAUUGUUAGUUUAAUUUAAAAAUACCAUAUAAAUUUAUCUUUUUAAGUUUAGUUUGUAGGACGUUUUGAUUGGCUCCAAGCGAAUCACUAUUUUCAUGACUUGAUUUUCUUUUUGUUAAUUCAUCAACCACCAGUAUUUAUGACUUACGAUGAUAGAUCGAUCCAUUUUAAUUAUAACAUAUAGUUACAGUAAGUACAUGGGAUGAUGAUUAUAAUCCCAAUUUUCGGUAACAUUCAGUAAUUAAGCAGUGUAUAAUUUUUUCCUGAACAAUGAUAAAUGUUUUGUGACAUUA